CGCCCGCGCCGACGCGAGGAGACCCCGCCUUGUCGCCCCGCCUCCGCCGGCCUGCGGGCCUGCCCUCCUGCUACCCUCUGGGCGCCGAGAACCCGGCAUCCGCGCGCGCUCCGCACCCAUGGAGAUCCCCGGGAGUCUGUGCAAGAAAGUCAAGCUGAGCAAUAACGCGCAGAACUGGGGAAUGCAGAGAGCAACUAAUGUCACCUAUCAAGCUCACCAUGUCAGCAGAAACAAGAGAGGUCAGGUGGUGGGGACCAGAGGUGGCUUUCGUGGUUGCACAGUUUGGCUAACAGGCUUGUCUGGGGCAGGGAAGACCACUGUGAGCAUGGCUUUGGAGGAGUACUUGGUUUGCCAUGGCAUCCCAUGCUAUACUUUGGAUGGUGACAAUAUUCGUCAAGGUCUUAAUAAAAAUCUUGGCUUUAGUCCUGAAGACAGAGAAGAGAAUGUUCGGCGCAUUGCAGAAGUUGCUAAGCUGUUUGCAGAUGCUGGCUUAGUGUGUAUCACCAGUUUUAUAUCACCCUAUACUCAGGAUCGAAACAAUGCAAGGCAAAUCCACGAGGGUGCAAGUUUACCCUUUUUUGAAGUCUUUGUUGAUGCUCCUCUGCAUGUCUGCGAACAGAGGGAUGUCAAAGGACUCUACAAGAAAGCACGAGCGGGAGAAAUUAAAGGCAAGUUAAAUAUUGAGGAAAUCCAAAUUGUUGAAUCAAACAGUUUUCUUGCUUUACAGGAUAUUGUACCUGUGGAUGCCUCUUAUGAAGUGAAAGAACUGUAUGUACCAGAAAAUAAACUUCAUCUGGCAAAAACAGAUGCAGAAACAUUACCAGCAUUGAAAAUAAAUAAAGUAAGUUCUGUGUUGCUUUUCAAACUGAUUGGUGCAGCCUUCUGUACCCAUAGCCAUUUUUCAUUUGAAGUGUCCACUGAAGUGGGAGGUGGCUGUAAGCUAGGCUUGUUGAGUAACCCACACUGUGUGCUUUGUGUUCUCUUGUGUCCUGCAGGGGGUGUCAUAAACUUGUCAGUGCCUAUAGUUCUGACAGCUACUCAAGAAGAGAAGGAGAGGCUGGACGGAUGUACAGCAUUUGCUCUCAUGUAUGAGGGCCGCCGUGUGGCAAUUCUUCGCAAUCCAGAGUUCUUUGAGCACAGGAAAGAGGAGCGCUGUGCCCGACAGUGGGGCACAACAUGCAAGAGUCACCCAUAUAUUAAGAUGGUUAUGGAGCAGGGAGAUUGGCUGAUUGGAGGAGAUCUUCAAGUUUUGGACCGAAUUUAUUGGAAUGAUGGUCUUGAUCAAUAUCGUCUUACUCCUACUGAGCUCAAGCAGAAGUUUAAGGAUAUGAAUGCUGAUGCUGUCUUUGCAUUUCAAUUACGCAACCCAGUGCACAAUGGACAUGCUCUGUUAAUGCAGGACACUCAUAAGCAGCUUCUAGAGAGGGGCUACCGGCGCCCUGUCCUCCUCCUUCACCCCCUUGGUGGCUGGACAAAGGAUGACGAUGUUCCUUUGAUGUGGCGUAUGAAGCAACAUGCUGCUGUGCUGGAGGAAGGAGUCCUGAAUCCUGAAAGCACAGUGGUGGCCAUCUUCCCGUCGCCCAUGAUGUAUGCUGGGCCGACUGAGGUGCAGUGGCAUUGCCGAGCAAGGAUGGUGGCAGGAGCCAAUUUUUACAUUGUUGGACGAGAUCCCGCUGGCAUGCCUCAUCCGGAAACAGGGAAGGAUCUUUAUGAGCCAACCCAUGGUGCCAAAGUGCUGACAAUGGCCCCUGGCCUAAUCACCUUGGAAAUAGUUCCCUUCCGAGUUGCAGCUUACAACAAGAAGAAGAAGCGCAUGGACUACUAUGAUUCUGAACACCAUGAAGACUUUGAAUUUAUUUCAGGAACUCGAAUGCGCAAACUUGCUCGAGAAGGCCAGAAGCCUCCUGAAGGCUUCAUGGCGCCCAAGGCCUGGACCGUGCUGAUGGAAUACUACAAAUCCCUGGAGAAAGCCUAAGUGUUAACCCAGUUGCUCCACCUUUGAUGCUUCACCAACUCACAGAGGGGACCACAUAGUCGUCACUGUUGGCAUUUCUUUGUGGUUGUAUCUGUCUGGAUGUGCUUCCUAAAAACAGACCAAUUUCCUUAACUUGAGUCAGUUUUGGUCUGCCUUACGAGUUCUGUUUUGAACUAGUGUAACACACUGCUGGUUUUAAUGUAUCUUUUCCACUUGUAAUAGUUAAGAUUCCUAUAAUACAAUUUUAAAAUCUUGUCUUUUUAUAUUAUAUUUAUGCUCUGUCUCAUGAUAUUUUCAAGCUGUUAUAUUAGUUGUAACCAGUAUACACAUUGAUUCUCACUUUUCAUCCCUUUUAAACACAAUCACUAAACAGUAAACAUGGCUUGAACUUGUUUUGGGAAUUUUACAAGAAGCGUAGCAAUUAGAAUUUUUUUUUUAUGUUGAAAAUUUAAACUGCCUCCUCUCUUACUUCCAAUCAGCUAUUGAUCUUUCAGCUGUUAUAAUCUAAAGUAUUCUUAUGAUCAUUGUAAACCCUCUAUUCAAUAAAAUUAAUUUUUUUUGCUUCUUAUUGGA